CCCGAAGAGUUCGGAGAGUCGCGAGGGAGGAAGAAGGCGGGUCCAUUGGUUGGCUUUCAGGUCUUCCUGCUCUCCCAUUCUCGUCCCUGGAUUGGCCGCGAGAGGCUCAUCUACACCUUGGGCCUGCGCGCUGAGGGGCGAAAGAAGGUUGGGGGAGGGGGUUGUCUGUGGGCAAGAUGGCGGCGACUGCAGCCGGUGUGGGCCGAUUAGAGGAAGAGGCGUUACGGCGAAAGGAACGGCUGAAGGCCCUACGGGAGAAAACCGGACGCAAGGACAAGGAAGAUGGGGAGCCAAACACCAAGCAGCUCAGAGAAGGGGAGGAGGAAGGCGAGAAGCACAGGGAACUCAGGCUGCGGAACUACGUCCCAGAGGAUGAGGACCUGAAGAAGAGGAGGGUGCCCCAGGCCAAGCCAGUCGCAGUGGAAGAGAAGGUGAAGGAGCAGCUGGAGGCCGCCAAGCCAGAGCCGGUCAUCGAGGAAGUGGACCUGGCCAACCUUGCGCCCCGGAAGCCGGAUUGGGACCUCAAGAGAGACGUAGCCAAGAAACUGGAGAAGCUGGAGAAGCGGACCCAGAGGGCCAUCGCUGAGCUGAUCCGCGAGAGGCUGAAGGGCCAGGAGGAGAACCUGGCUUCUGCAGUGGCCACCACCGCCGCCACCGAGCCGGAGGCCUGUGACUCCGACUGAGCCGUGCCGUCCCCUCACCCGCUACCAGGCCUGUCUUACAGGAAGAUGGUCUUGGGCCGGGGUGGGGGCUGGACUUGCCACCACCUCCAGUUUGCCUUCAGAACUGACUCCCUGCCUCAAGUCUGAACCCCACCCGUCCCACUGGGUGAGGUCAGCUCCUUGUCUCCUGAAGGGCCCCCUCCAUGCUGAGUGGGGGCAGAGGCUACGAUAGCCCUGUGGGCAUGCUGUAUCUGUGCUUGUUCUAUGUAUUUUGAACUUCUUUUUCUAUCUGGAAAUAGAAACACACUGACCCAUGUGUGUGGCAGAAAACCGUC